AAGUACCAGCUGCACCAUCUCCCUUGUUUUGUAUUCACAGUCUGUGCACGCAGCCUCAGCUCAAAGAAAAUGCCCUGUUGUGAAAAUACAACAAUGCCCUGUUGUGAAUAUACAACAAAAAAAGAAGUUCGAAUCAGGAGUGUUCCAUUGGGGACUUUAAAAUAUCUGAUCACCCUAGCUGUGUUCUUAUACAUGUGUUGUAUUUUGUUCAUUGAAAAGGGCUAUCAGAAAAAAGACUCCGUUAUCAGUUCAAUUCACACAAAGGUUAAAGGAGUUUUAGAUGCUGAUAAUAGGAUCUGGGACACUGCAGAAUAUACAAUACCAUCCCCGGCGGGCAAUUCCUUCUUUGUUUUAACAAACAUUGUAAAAACAGAAAAUCAAGUACAAGGAGUUUGUCCGGAGUUUCCAAACCGAAAAACAAUUUGCUCUCGAGAUGACAUUUGUAAAAAAGAUUACGCUGACCCACAAAGUAAUGGGAUACAAACGGGGCGAUGUAUACAGUACAAUUCUACUAUUAAAACCUGUGAAAUCCGUGCCUGGUGUCCUGUGGAGUCCAAGAGUACCCCAGAUCCCGCUGUUCUAACAGGAGCUGAAAACUUCACUGUUCUGAUUAAGAAUAAUAUUCACUUUGCCGAAUUCAAUUAUACAACGAAAAACAUACUGCCUGAAUACAAUGUAUCCUGCAUCUACGACCGAGUGAAAGCCCCCGAGUGCCCCAUCUUCCGAUUAGGAGAUAUUGUGAAGGAGGCCGGAGAAAGCUUUUCUCAAGUUGCAGUCCUGGGUGGCAUAGUGGGCAUAGAAAUCAAUUGGAAUUGUGAUCUUGAUUAUUUGUCAUUCAAAUGUCGUCCAUACUACAGUUUCCGCCGCCUGGAUGAAAAGGUUGUUGAUGAACGCUUGUUUCCUGGUUUCAAUUUUAGAUUUGCCAGGUACUAUAAAACCACAAAUGGAAAGGAUACAAGAACUCUCAUAAAGGCAAUCGGAAUACGUUUUGACAUUCAAGUAUAUGGAACGGGAGGUCAAUUCAGGUGGAUUCAGUUGAUCAUAUUCAUUGGUUCCUACUUGUCAUAUUUUGGAUUGACUACGAUAGUGAUUGACUCUCUGAUUGGACUGUAUUAUGAAUGCUGCUGUGAUCCAAAGUCAUCUCAGAAGUACUAUGAUGAUACAAAGUAUGAAAAAGUCUCUGGGCCCUGCAUUAUUACGUCUUGUAAAAUGCUCAGAUUUGUAUCAUUUGUGGACCAAGAUGAUAUUAUCAUGGUGGAUAAACCAUUACAUAAAAGUUUACAAAAGACCAAAGGCAAACAUAUCAAGAGAGAAACGUUUCCAUGUUACAAAGAGAUUGUGCAUCUUUAUUCUGAUGCCACCGCAGCUGCCCAUGAAUUUGAAAUGCAGCCACAUGCUGGAGUACAAUAUGAUAAGCUCUCAUCAAGACAACCGUGGUGCCAGUGUUCAAAAUGCCCUCAAAGGAAAGAGUUUGAAAAUCAGCUUUGUUGUAGAUCAAAGAACGGAGACUGUAUAACCACAUCUGAUAUGUUUAUAGAACUGGUUCUGUCAAGAAAGAGACUGUUAUACACACUCCAAUAUAACAAUCCUCUGUUAAAACCAAAUUCUCUAAGCAAUAUUGAACUAUCUGAAUGUGCAAAGAGACAGUACAUCCAGUGGCGUUUUGGGUCAAACUUGGAUGUAUUGGACUUUGCCGUGAUACCAAGCUGUUGUAUAGCUGAGAUUAAAAGAGUAUUCAAAGAGGGUUUUUCCAAAGCUUCAACUUGAUAUUUAUACAUCUUCCUCACCCAAUGAGCUUGAAGCCACAUAUCAUCAUGUUUUUACUUUUUAGACAAAAAAAUCUAGCUUAUUUUUUUCAAGCACCUCAGGUAUAGAUAAACAAUACACAAACAUAAUAAUGCAUUCCUAACCACCCAUCAAAGAGAGAAUUAACAAAUAAAAUAUUUAACAACGACAUUCCAGUCCAAAGACACCAAAAAAAGGUCA